CAGGGAGCCGACAACUGACAGUGGCCUCUGCCCGCCACCACCCCCGCCCGCCGGCAUGGCGGACCAGCUCACAGAGGAGCAGGUGGCCGAGUUCAAGGAGGCCUUCUCCCUGUUCGACAAGGACGGGGACGGCAGCAUCACCACGCGGGAGCUGGGCACCGUCAUGCGGUCCCUGGGCCAGAACCCCACGGAGGCCGAGCUGCAGGGCAUGGUGGGCGAGGUCGACCGGGACGGGGACGGCACCAUUGACUUCCCCGAGUUCCUGGGCAUGAUGGCCAGGAAGAUGAAGGACACGGACAGCGAGGAGGAGAUCCGCGAGGCCUUCCGCGUGUUCGACAGGGACGGCAACGGCUACAUCUGCGCCGCGGAGCUGAGGCACGUGAUGACGCGGCUCGGGGAGAAGCUGAGCGAGGAGGAGGUGGACGAGAUGAUGCGGGAGGCCGACGCGGACGGGGACGGGCGGGUCGACUACGAGGAGUUCCUGCGCAUGCUGGUGUCCAAGUGA